UGGCACCCUAAUUGCCUUUUUCGACCACCUGGUCAUGGCGGUCUUUUUUUCGUUGUCAUCUCUUUCUCACAUUUGGACGAUGAUCUCGUUGACUUUGGUCUUUUUCUGGAUUGGUUUCCUUUCCGUGGUGCCCUACCUUGCUCUUUGCUUUUAUGGCGCGUUUGUUUGCAAGGAACAGAACCUGAAAAAGAAGUAUAACGCGCAAUGGGCUCUUGUCACAGGUGGUUCUUCGGGUAUUGGAGCAGCCAUUGUACGCAAAUUGGCUUCCCAAGGAUUGAAUGUGGUGGUGGUGGCACUGGAUGAUGCUUUGAUGGCGAAAUUUAAGGACACCAUUGCUGAAGAAUUCCCUAAUAACCAAUUCCGUUUUGUUGGCUGUGAUCUUUCCGAUGCUGAAGGCCAAUCUUACUUGGACGCCGUGAAGCAGCAAACUGACGAUAUUGACAUUCAAAUUCUGUGCAACAAUGCUGGCUUUAUUUCUACGGGUGCCUUUGCCGACAUUACCUUUAAGCGCAACAUGGCCAAUUAUCACACCAAUGUUACGGCUGGAUUGACGCUCACACACUACUUUUUGAACAAGAUGCUCGAUAAAGGAUUGAAAGGCUUGGUUACAUUCACCUCUAGCAGUGCCGGAUUUAUUCCUAAUCCCAUGAGCGCCUUGUAUUCUUCCACGAAAAUCUUUUUAACCACGUUUGCUGCAUCCUUGGCUGCAGAGUAUACGGAAGAUGGUAUUGACGUGCUUGUCGUGCAUCCUUCGCCUAUCAAUUCCAACUUUUACAGCAAUGCUGGAAAGAUGUCAGCACUGUUGUCCGCGCAAAAGUUAUCGUCUCCUCCCAGUGUGAUUGCCGAUACCAUUUGCCGCAAUGCCGGUAAGGUGGUUGUCUCUGACCAGGGUCCAAUUACCGUUGUUAUGAAAGUGUUGCUUGUCAAAUUACUGGACUGGAACGUAUUUACUGAAAUCAUGAAGAUUGCCUUGCCCUUCAACGGUGAUUACAAGGCCAUGAAAUUGAGACGCCAAGCCAAACAGGAUUAGAUCGAUAGCGGUUGUUUUCUUUUUUUUUAUACAGCUGUUUUAUUAUUGAUUUUUUGAAGCAAAGUCAUCGACAGUUAAUUCAUCAAGAACUCUGUUCAACCAUUUUCUUUUUUUGUUUAUCCUAUACUGAAAGAUUGGUUUGUUUUUUCUUUGACAAAUUUAGGAACAAGUAUAUCAUAAAGUUUUCAAGGGAAUAGUUUUUUUCUUUUUUUAAAAAAAAAAAAAAAAAAAAAAAA